AUGGGCAAGCUCGACAUCAUCGUCUACGGCGCCACGGGCUUCACGGGGUCGCUCGUCGCGGCCUACCUGUCGAAGACGCCCGGCCUGCGCUGGGCCGUCGCGGGCCGGAGCCGAGCCAAGCUCGAGACGUUGGCCGCGUCGCUCGCCGGCGCGCCCGCGCCGCCGCAGGAGACCGUCGUCGCGUCGCCGAGCGACGCGCCCGCCGACGCCGAGACGCUCGCGUCCGCCGCGCGCGUCGUGCUCUCGACGGCCGGCCCCUUCUCGCUCUACUCCGACGCCGUCGUCGCCGCGUGCGCGCGGGCCGGCGCGCACUACGUCGACAUCGACGGCGAGGUGCCGUGGGUCCGGCGGAUCAUCGACCGCGACCACGCCGCCGCCGCGGACUCCGGCGCCGUCAUCGUGCCCAACUGCGGCUUCGACAGCGUGCCCAGCGACCUCGGCGUCCUCCUGGCGACGCGGAAGGCCGGGCCCGGCGCGGCCCUGCAGGGCCACGCGACGAUGAAGGGCGCCAUGUCCGGCGGGACCAUCGCGACGGGCAUCCUCAUGGCCAAGAACUUCCCCGGCGACGUCGCAAACGCAAAAAGGUCACGAAGAAGGAGAAGGAGAAGGCCAAGGACGAGAUCCGGGACCACAUCGAGUGCAUCGAGGCCAUCCUGGGCCAGCUCUGCGACGACGAGGACUUCCAGCGGGACCUGGACCGGCCCGCGCUCGACAAGGCGAUCCGCCACUGGACGAACGAGGUGCGGCUGCCGUCCGACGAGGCCAACGAGCUCUUCAGCGAGGACUCCUACGAGUACCGCGCCUACCUCAAGCCCGCGCUGGCCAAGAUCAUGCGCCUCAACGCGGCGUGCAAGCGCGCGGGCAUCGGCGCGCCGAUCGACGCGGUCUUCAAGCGGCGGCGGACGAUCUGGGAGCGGCCGCCGCCCGCGCCGCCGCCGCCGGAGCCCACGCCCGAGGAGCGGAAGCAGCUCGAGAAGGCGGCGCGCGACAAGCACUACAAGAAGUGGGAGAAGAAGAUGUUCAAGGACCUGCCCGCGCCGGAGCCGUUCUCGUGGAAGAAGCUCCUCAAGCAGUGCGCCGUCCAGCUCGUCGUCAUGACGGGCGCCAUGCUCUACAUGAAGUUCUACAUGCAGCCCAAGCUCGAGGCCGACCUCGCGAAGCAGAUGGAGGUCCUCGAGGCCCAGCGCCUCGCCGAGUACCGCGCGAACCAGACGGACUUCUCCGCGGAGGACGACGGCGAGUUCGAGCUCGGCGCGCCGCCGGCCGGCGUCGCCGACGCCGCGGGCGCGCCGGCCGAGGAGCUCUAGGCGUCCGCGGGGAGGGCUAAAAGGCUCGUUGGUUGAAGGC